AUGUUACCCUGCGGUGCCGGAAGCAUGACAACCACUAUGGAUUCCGUUGUGGGCUCAUUGCCAACAGGCAGCCCCCCCGCAUCCCCGCUACUAUUCUUCAAAGCGGAACAGUCACUUUCCUCCACAUUGCAAGCCACGCGCAACGCCAGAGCCUUGCACAGUGACAAACCAACUAGCAGCUCAGGAAAAGGGGAGUCAACAACAAAGUCCAGCGGAAGUGGCGUCAGAUCCAAGGGCAGCACAGGAAAGAAUGCAACGAGCCCCAAGAAAACGGGGAGGCAAACGGGAGCUCUGUCCAGCCAGUCGGGCUCUGGAAAGCUUGCAGGGUCGGAAGUAACUAGAGAGGGCGAUGCGGCGGCUACGGAGGUGCGGGCGUUGAGCAGCUUGCAAGCGAACAAGGUUGGGGGGGAGGAGGGAACGAGAAAGAUGCUAGGAGUGCAGGCGAUGCUAGAGAGGAAAAUGACAAGUCACGAGGCAACGUGGGCGGACUACGGGGCGGCCAGAAAGACGCUUGAGGGACGCUGUGAGGAGGAGAUCGGGCAGGCGGUUGGAAAGUUCAAGGAAGACGCGGAGACGAGCGAGCAGGAAAUCUUGGAAGUCCUGGGCCCAAUGAUGGGGGAUCAGCUGGGGGCUCUCAGCCUCGACGACAUUCAGCGCAUCUGGACCGUUGUCGCAGGCCGGUUCCCCGACCGCGAGGCGCUAAUCGAACGCCUAGGAACUGAGCUGGAAAGCGUGGAGCAGCGGCGGGUUGCGGAGGCGCGCGGAUUGCUCGAAAAGGCCACCGAAAGGCUCAUGGAUAUUGCACACCUCACGAGGGGACCGAUCGAGCGCCUGGUUGAAGAGGAGUCCCUGGCUCUGAACCAGACGGUACUCACGAACCGGCAGGCGCACGCGGACCUCCUCGCGCGGCUGAAAACGCGCGAGGUCGCACAGCAGGCCACGUGGCGCGACGGCUGGGAGGCGGACCUGGAGCGGUGGCGCCUCCUGCGCAUGCGGCACACGCUCGAUGCGUUCUGCGCGCGCAUGGCGAGCGCGGAGUUCGCGGAAUCCCCCGAGCGGAACGCGGAGCUUGGAGCGGUGAAGAAGGAAGAGGAAGAACACGUGUCAAAUUUGCAGACACUCAUUGGCUCCCUGCGGACGGUGCUGCCGCCAGCGGCUUUUGGGGUGCCUGGUGUUGACACGUGGCAGAAGCGCGUGCUCGCGUCGCUGGACAGCUGGCAGGCCAACAUCGACUUCCACCAGGAGAAGCUGCGGAGAGUGGAAGAGGAGCUCGAGAAGCGAGCGGACGGAGCGUACGAGCAACUAGUGCGGGACGUAAAAGAGUACGAGGCAAUGCCGGAGGCGGCCGCGGUGGAGCAGCUGGAGCGCGAAGCGAAGCCGCUCCUCGAGCAGCGGCGACAAGCCGCGGGGGUCCUCCUGCGGGGCGUCGCCGCGUUUCUGAAGACUCAAGCAACGACGAGAUCCGACUCUGUGAAGGUCCUGACCGGUUACUUCACGCGAGUCGCCGCUCAGUUCGACGAGCACAAAGCACGCGUCGAGAAUCUUCAGUCUGGCAUCCGCGACACCGUCUCGCGCGGCCGCGCCGCCUUCGACGACGCGAACAGCGCGCGGGAAGACGUUUUCGCGCUCUGCUGCGCGCGCAUAGGGGAGGGCGCUGACGAAGCUGAUUUGGACGCGAAGGUCGCGGCCGCGCUGGAGGCGCUCGCGCGCAUCGAGGAAGGGUACAGGGUUUUUCACGCGGAAACCAUGCGUGACGUGGAGGCGUAUCCGGACGCCAUGAAAAGUGCGUCCACUGCGCAUCGAAUUGCAUUUGAGCGACUUCUAGGGGUCACGCAGAGUGAAUCUGAGAGAGCGGGAAGUCUAGAGAUUCUAGCGGACAAGUCGGCGGGCAUAGUGAUCGAUAGCCAAGGCGGCGAGCACGCGGCCGCGGCCGCGGCCGCGGCUCUGUAUGAGACGCUUUUUGUCAACGGGGAAAAGUCCCAAAAUAGCAGCGAGCCAAGCAAAGAGGCACCGCCAGGCGAAGGCGGUGCAGUUCAGAUGGAAGCGAGAGAGAGCAGCGUAGUCGCGCCGGAAAAGAAGGAGGAAGACCAACUGAAACGCGUGGCUUCGAAGAAGGAAGCCGCCAAGAAAGGCGCCGAUGGCGCGAAGGCGAAAGCGGAAAAGCCGGGUGGUAAAGUUACUCCGGCACCAGUCGCCGCCCCUGCGGUAGUAGCAAGCCCGCCCGUUGCAACUACCCCGGUACCAACCGGGGACCCAACUUCGGAGAAAAGUAAACCUGAACCGGUCGAAGACACGUGUCCAGUGGGCGUUGACGGGAAGCCCUUCUUGAUCACGCUCCUGCUGUCGCGAGCCAGUCUUGUGUAUCCUGCGGUCUUUCUCUCCUUCUGCUUCCCACUUCUGGAGUCAACAAAGAACAGCAAGAAAACGCCAACUUCCGUUUCCCCAGAGUUCCUGACCGGAAUCCUGGCGGAACUCCAAGCGGCCCUGCUCGCUGAGAUGGCGCAGUCGGAGGCCGCAAUAACCACCGAGGCGGCCGCGUUCCACAAGGCGCAGUCGGAGCAGCUGACGACUGAGCUGGAUGCCCGGUUGAGGAAGCACCGGCCGCGGGCGGGCCCGGUGGAAGAGGACCUUCGGAGCAAAUGGUCAGCGGAACUCCAGAAGCAGCGGCAGGCGUUCAUGCGGCACCUGCGCGCGGCCGCGCAGCUGGCGGCGGACGACCAGGCCGCGUUCGACGCGCGGCUCGACGCGGCCGCGAAGAAGAUGGCGGCCGCGACGGAAAAGCUGGGGGAGCUGGAGGAGUCGCUGGAGGACUUAACCAACCUACCGGGCGUGCAGGUUAAGAUCCGGGAAGCGGAGCAUGUCCGGAGGGUGGUCCACGGCGUGAUUGACCGGACGGUCGAAGAUCUCGAGUCAGCGGCUCGGAGCAGCUGCGAGGAACUGAAGGAGCUGAAUCAGCAGUUCGCUUCGGAAACCUUCAAACCAAUUGCCGAGGGGGGCACGUGGCUUCCGGAGGCUAUCGCGGAGUGCGCGCGCCAGCUCGCGGCGGCUGACGCUUCCGCUGACGAAACGGAAGGGCGGAACUUUGACAGAGUGGCGGAAGCGCGGAAAAAGGGGGAGCAAGACCUGGCGGAUGCUCACGAUUCCUUCAAGGAAAUGGUGGCACCCCACAAGGAAGACCUCGCAUUUCUCGAGCACGCGGAAGCCGCCUUCGCCUCCACCAAAUCUAAGUUCGUUGAAAUCCUCGAAAGCAGCACCGUGGCCGCGCAGCAGAUCCAAGACGCGCUCGCGGCGCUUUCCACUCUCCUGUCGUCGCGCGGCCCCCAAACCCCGAACCCUGCGGCCGCUGGCGCGCGUGCCGCCGCCGCCCCAGAAGAUGAGGCUUCGACAAGCGGCGCGGAAGGGGUUCCUGUAGUCAGAAAGUUGCCGGAACUGUCAGUCAAAGCUAUUGCGGAACUAGACAGAGUGAGAAACCUGAUGGUGCCUAGAGCCCGAUUCCUGAAUUGUUUGAAGAGCGACGUGCCUGGGGCGCAAGUUUCGCUGGGGCUUGACGACCGCCCCGGUAGCUCGCAACAGGGGGGCCUGGCAAGCGGCCAACCGGACCCCCCCAAAAGCAAGGCGACCGGCGACGGCAAGGGCCCAGGCAAAGCGUCGCCUGAGCCGGCCAAAAAAGGGGCCACAAAAAGUGGCGGAAAGACGACGCCGGCCGGCGCUAAGAAGCGUGUGUCGACGGAAAGAGAGGCGGCAGAGGCUGAGGAGAUUGACACCAGCACGUUGACGGGCCAGGUGAAGAAACUGCUGAGCGAUUGCCGCACCAAAGUGGGCGAGGCGUGUAGGGAGUAUUACGCGAAGCUGGAGGAGAGCGGCCGCGAGCCAACGCGCGGCGCGCGCAUUCUGGAGGACGCGUACGCGAUGGCCGAGUUGCACGAGCGCACGCUCGCGCAGAUUGAGUGGGAGGGGGAGGAGCACCGGGGGGCGGCGGUGACGCGGCUGCGCGCGCAGGUCAUCACUCUGACGGGCCUCCUCGCCCAGCUUCCGGCCGCCGUCUUCGACGACCUUCAUGCGACGGAGGUCGCCAUCUCCGGCGACGCGCAUGCGCGCGCGGACCGCGCAUUCACGGCGCGGCUCGGGGAGCUGGCGGCCCAGCGCGCGGCGCACAAGUUCGCGCUGCGGCCCGGCGCCGCGCGGCCGGCCAUGGCGGCCGCCUUCAGCGAGCUGAAAGAAAAGGAAAAAGCGCGCGCUGAGAGCGCGCUCGCCGCCAUUGGGGACGGGUCAGGCGCGGCCGCUGCCGUGCUCGAUGCGGACAGCCGCGCUUUCCGGACGCGACUAACGCGGUGUACGGACGUCCUGCUCGCAUUAUAUGACGGGCUGGUCCUGCCGGAGGACCUGGAACCGCCCAAAUCGGACGGCGACGAGAUCAUGUCGAUGCAACGGAAGAGCCUCAAGCAGCUCCUGCGCGAGCAGCGCCACGUGGCUCAGAACCCCGCUGCAACGUCACCGACCCCCGUUCCUUCAGCCGAGCCCUCCGUACGUCCGUACAACAAGCGCACAUGGCCGGGCGUCCAAACGGACGCUUUAGACCUGAAGCAACUAGGUUGGAAAGAAGCGAACGGAACCGGAGCGGAAGAGAAAGUUGCAGCGGAACCGUCUGGAGAUGAGGCCAAGAAGCCGGUGGAAAAAGCGGCGGCGCAAAAGGAGAAAGGGCCCGCUGGGAAGGGUGGGAAGCCGCCAGCGAAGGGCGCCGCUGAUGUCAGCGGAAGCAAGGUGGUGGCCGGAAGGAAGAAUAGCAGCGGAACGCCGGAUCCCACGGAGGGCGGAGACGCUCUCUCCCGCCCCGUGGAGGGCCUCGACACGCCGUUCCACCACGCCAUCGUGGGCGCGCGCGACCGUGCGCUCGAGAAGUACGCCUCCUACCUCGCGCGCGCGCUCGCGCACUACUCACAGCGGCGGGACGCGCUGGCCGCCGACGAGGCGGACUGGGCCGGCUUUUGGGCGGCGCAGUGCCGGGAGUGCCAGCUGACGAUGCAGUGA